AUGCACACAAAUGAGGUCUCCUGUUUGUCUCCUGGAGACACGGAGCUGUCCGGCUGUGAGUCCUGGACACAUGUGUCACCGGGUCCCGGAUGUGCUGAGGAGCCACGGAGCUGCUGCACCCUGAGCCUGAGCCUGCUGCUGCUGUGCGCCGGCCCACUGCGAUGCUCAGACUCCUGGAUGUGGUUGGGUCUGAGCCCGGCGGGCGUCCCGGACCAGGACCAGGACCAGGACUGCACCGAGGUCCAUCUCAGCCUCAAACAGAAGGACUUGUGCCGGAAGAAGCCGUUCCUGCUGCCCAGCGUCCGGGUCGGAGCUCGGCUCGCCAUCGAGGAGUGUCAGAGUCAGUUCAGACACGAGAGGUGGAACUGCUCCACCACGGAGGACGCCUCGGUGUUCGGACACGAGUCAACCAGCGGAACUAAAGAAACGGCAUUCAUCCACGCGAUGAUGGCGGCGGGGCUGGUCCACGCCGUCACGCGCUCCUGCAGUCAGGGCAACAUGACGGAGUGCGGUUGCGACACUCGGCUGCAGGGCGGCGGCUCGCCGGCAGAGGGCUGGCACUGGGGCGGUUGCUCGGACCACAUCCAGUACGGGAUCUGGUUCAGCCGCAAGUUCAUUGACAACACUGUCAAAAACAUGUCGACGACCAGCGGGGGAUACACACUGAGCACCAUGAACCAGCACAACAGUGAGACGGGUCGACAGGUGAUUGUCAGGACGAUGUCGACACACUGUCGUUGUCACGGCAUCUCCGGAUCCUGUGCUGUGAAGACGUGUUGGAAGACGGUGGCGCCGUUUGAGCACGUCGGCGUGUACCUGAAGGAGCGGUACGAGCGCAGCGUUCAGGUGUCGGACCGGUCGAGGAGGAAGAUCAGGAGGAAGGAUCAGCGGCACCUCCCCGUUGACACGCACCAGCUCAUCUUCUUCAACAAGUCUCCAAACUACUGCCUGGAGGACCGGCGGCGGGGCGUCGCCGGCACCAGAGGACGCCGCUGCAACCGGACGUCCACCGGCUCCGACAGCUGCGUCCUGCUGUGCUGCGGCAGAGGAUACAACACUCACCUGGUGAGACACGUCCAACGCUGUGAGUGCAAGUUUGUCUGGUGCUGCUACGUCCGCUGCCGACGCUGCGAGAGCAUGAAUGACAUGCACACCUGUAAAUAAAGACCGGAACACACCUGGACAUAAAGACAGGAACACACCUGGACAUAAAGACCGGAACACACCUGGACAUACAGACAGGAACACACCUGGACAUACAGACAGGAACACACCUGGACAUACAGACAGGAACACACCUGGACAUACAGACAGGAACACACCUGGACAUAAAGACCGGAACACACCUGGACAUACAGACAGGAACACACCUGGACAUACAGACAGGAACACACCUGGACAUACA